GUGCAUGGCGACUGUGUGGAAGGUUGGCCUGGUCGCUUGCGGUUCACUUCAAAAUGUGCUGGAACAAACUGUAGAAAGAGCAGGGGCCGACGUUUUCGUGAGGAGAGGAAACGGUUUAUGACUUAUUUUCAGUUGUUAGUUAGGGACAUUAGCCAUGGCGCAGCCACUUGCUUCUGCAGGAGAGAAGGAAGAAAUUAUUGUUGAUCAUUCUCACGGAAAACGUUAUGCGAAGGGAAAGUUCCUUGGAAAGGGGUCCUUCGCCAAGGCCUUCGAGCUCAGAGAUGUUGAUACAGGAGUGCUAUACGCAGGGAAGAUAGUCCCAAAGAGCGUUCUUGUCAAACCCUACAUGAAGGAAAAGAUGUCCAUGGAGAUUCAGAUUCACCGGUCCGUCCGUCAGCGAUACGUGGUGGGAUUUGAGAGCUAUUUCGAGGAUGACGAGAAUAUUUACAUUGUUCUUGAGCUAUGCAAACGUCGGUCCUUGAAAGAGCUGCAAAAGCGCCGGAAAUUCCUCACCGAGCCAGAAGUGCGCUACUUCACCAAGCAAAUCGUUGAAGGAGUUUCAUACUUGCACAAACAGAACGUCAUCCACCGUGAUUUGAAACUGGGCAACCUAUUCCUCAGCAACGAGCUGGAUAUCAAGAUCGGCGACUUUGGUCUCGCCACGCGGAUCGGCUUCGAAGGCGAAAGGAAGACCACGAUGUGCGGAACCCCUAACUAUGUAGCACCGGAGGUUCUCAAGCACAAGGGACACAGCUACGAGGUGGAUGUAUGGGCCAUUGGAUGCAUUAUGUAUGUUUUACUUGUCGGACACCCGCCGUUUGAGAUGGACACACUGAAAGAGACGUUCUGUCGCAUUCGGUCAAACAAGUACAACAUCCCCAACCAGGUUAGCCCUGCAGCGCAAAGUCUCAUUGUACGCAUGCUGCACCCGGACCCAUCAGGACGACCAUCGCCCGAUGAGAUCCUAAAGGACCCCUUCUUCACGGAGGGCUUCUGCCCGCAACGUCUUCCGAUAAGCUCCCUGACUAUGCCUCCGCGCUACGAGCAGGAAGCUCUUCCAUCCACGACAGCAUUGAAGCGUCCUCUGCAGGAGAACAACACGCCUGCGGCAGCACCGGCUGGUGUCAAGAAGGAAACUACGCAGGGCGCUUACGCACAAACAGUAUCGUUCCCGCAGUCCGAAACCAAGGAUGUCGCAACAGAACCGUCAUGCGAGGUGUUCUUGGAGGAGCUUCUCGCGCAAGUCAACAGCGUCCUUUCAUCAGAGCCUACUAAAAAGAGUCCGGCACAUUUCGAUGAUGCCGAAGAUCCAGCCGUGUGUCCUGUUUUCUGGGUCGGCAAGUGGGUCGACUACAGUGAUAAGUAUGGCUUUGGCUACACGCUCUGUGAUAGCAGUGCGGGCGUGCUCUUCAACGACUCGACAAGAAUGCUCUUGGCCGCCAACGACACGAGUGUACAGUAUGUGGAUCGCACUGGUAAUGAAGCGUUUGUGACGACGGAAAAGUACCCGGAGGCCAUGAAGAAGAAAAUUACGCUGCUCAAGUACUUCCGCAAUUACAUGAACCAGCACUUAUUACGGGCUGGCGCUGCCAAAGUGCCGGAGAGCUACGAGAACUCUCGCUUGCCAAUGCUCAACACCUGGUUCAGAACGCGCAGCGCCAUUGUCCUGCAGCUGACCAACGGCAUCCUGCAGAUAAACUUCUUCGCCGACCACACCAAGCUCAUCCUGUGCCCGCGCAUGCAGGCGGUGACCUUCAUCGACGAGGAUCGCAGCUUCCGCACGUUCCGCUUCUCGCUUGUCGAGACACACGGCUGCUCGGAGGCACUCUGGACUCGGUUGGGUUAUGCCAAGAGCACUAUCCAGCGAAUGCUGUCGAAGCCUGCUGGUACAGCAGCAGCAUCUUAAAUCUGACCAUGGAUUAUCGAUGUACUGCUGCACACGCGCUAUUCCUAUAUAGACAUUUUGUUCGUGUCACCCUGGCAACUGCGGCAAGUACACGGCUAACUUAAUGUCGCCAUCUUACCCUGUGCAGCCAGUGGCGCGAGUGUGCCUUUCCUGAGUCAAGAGUUGCAAAAAAUGGUACUCAAGAAAAUCUCGGUAACUCUCUCCAGUGUGCUGCUGCCUGUGUUUUUGCAGAUGGCUGCUUGUCAAGUCUCCUAGCAUUUGUACAUAGAACCUAUCCGAUUUUCCGUGUUAUAGCACUUUCCUGAUUUGAAACAUGCUGGCUGCAGUGCCCUAAUGUUGCCUGUUGGCGGUUUGUCGCUCCCAGCCCCUAGCCAACAACGAGAUUCUCCUACAUCCCCCUUACUGUCCGUCGUUUUUUUUCUGUUGUUUAGUUCAGUGCUGUUUUGACGACGUUUUUACGUGUCCUAUCUGUGUAGGCGAUUGCAUAGUGUUGCGUGUACAUACUGCUGGUGUUUGUUCUACCCGGUCUCAGCAUCAUAGAUGGCCCAAGCUAACUACUUCUCCUUUUUUAGUUAUCAACUCCUGUUUUUCUUAUAUUUCUGUUAUCCCCUCGGUGGAGUUGCAGACCUAUUGUUAAUUUAUCGUUGCCUCUUCUAGUUCUGUUUUGGGCAUGUGAACGUACUUCUUGCUUGUUUCAACCCUCCGAGAGAGGCCUUUGUAUUCGUUGUUGAUCAUCACAAACUCCACCAUGGUUUCUCACUUGGCCAGUAUUUACUGAGCUUUUUUUUCUUUUCUUUUUUUCUGCCUUCACGUAACACACGAAUGUUGCCUCCAGUGAUAGGAGUGCUCGGUCUCUGUCAUACUGUGCUAUAAUUAUCGUAGCAUCUACACUCUGUUUCUAUGCUACGUUGUCAUGCCAUGUCCACGUGCUUCCGUCUUUCUUUUUAUGCAUAUGUUGCUGAAUGAUUGAGCCUUUGCUAACGUAAGCGCAAUACGGCCCUCUUGA